AUGGGUACUUGCUAAACUAGUUGUUGUAACAAAGACUAAGAAUAUGGUUUACGAACACAUUAGAAAAGUGAGAUAAAUGUUGAUGAAGGUAAUCCAGAUAUGGAUGAUUCCAAAGUUAAACUCUCUCAUCAUUCUGUAUAAAAACAACGAGAUAAAUUUGAAUAAGAUCGUAUACAUGAAUAAUAAGAAUUAGAGAAAAAAAAACUUAAAAACAAAGAAGAUUAAAUUCUACUUAAUGCUAAAGUGUCCUAAAAUGAAAAUGAAUAAAACAAAUAAAAGAAAGAGUCAGCAUAUAAUUAAUCUGAUAAAUAAACUCCUACUCCUACUUCAAAACUUAAACAUUUUGAAGAUGAUGGUCCUAUUACAAAAUAUGAUCUUCAAGAAAAGCCAAACAAAAAUUCUGUUUUUUAAAAAAAAAAAAAUAAAAACUUAGAAUUUAAUCAAAAAGUGUAAAAAGCAGAAUAAGAUGAUACUAUGAGUGAUGUUCGUAUCAAAUUAGCAGCAAAAACACUUGACAAAGGAGCAGUCUAUGAAGGUGAAUGGUUAAAAGGAAAACGAGAUGGAUAAGGAAAAUAAAUAUGGCCAGAUGGUUCAAUUUAUGAAGGAUAAUGGAUUGAAGGUAGAUGUUGUGGAAAAGGAAAAUUAAUUCAUGCAGAUGGUGAUGUUUAUGAAGGAGAAUGGCUUGAUGAUAAAGCUCAUGGAAUAGGUGUUUAUUAACAUGUUAAUGGUGCUAGAUAUGAGGGUUAAGUAUUAUUAUUAUAUAAUUUAUAAGUGGUUUAAUGAUAAAUAAUCAGGUAAGGGAGUUGAAACAUGGCCUGAUGGUGCUAGAUAUGAAGGAGAAUAUUAAGAAGGUAGAAAAGAAGGUCAUGGAACACUAUAUUUUGCUGAUGGAUCUAAAUAUACAGGGUUUUUUGCCAAUAAUGAAAUUCAUGGAUAUGGAGUUUAUGAAUGGUCAGAUGGAAGAGUAUAUAAAGGAAAUUGGAAAUAGAAUAAGAUGAAUGGAGUUGGAGAGAUUAAAUGGAGUGAUGGUCGUUAAUUUAUAGGAGUAAUCAAUAAAUUAAUAUUAUUUUAGAAUUACUAAGAUGAUUUAAAACAUGGAAGAGGUCAAUUCCUUUGGCCAGAUGGAAGAAGAUAUAUAGGAAAUUGGAUUGAAGGUAAGUAAUAAGGUUAUGGAGCUUAUUACUUACCUAAUUAGCCACCAAAAUAUGGUAUAUGGGCUGAUGGCAAAAGAACAUAAUGGUUAGAUCCAGACUAAGUAGAAUAAUUAAAGAAUAAAUAAGAAUUGGACUUUUGA